CUUCAUGAAGAACUUAAUGAAUCAAAAAUAAAUUUACAAGACAAACUUUCUAGAGAGUUGAUGAUAUGGAAUGAUGUUAAGAAUUAUCUAUUGGCUGAAUAUAUAGCUUAUUAUUGCAAUUCACUGAUAACAAUGACAACGGGAAUAAUUGGUUCAAAGUCUAACAACAAAUCAAUAAUAGUAACAUGUACUUUACAUAAAUCUUCAUCCGCUAUAAAUCUACAACAAUCAUAUGAAAAUAAUAGUGUACCACUGAAACUUAGCCGAAGACUUUCGGCUGUUCGUCAUUACAAAAACUGUAAUGACGCGCUACAGACGGUUGUCCGAAAUAAGUCAGUAAAUUUACAUGAAGAGAUUCCUUUUCGACAAAUCUUAAAAAGAAAUUUUCAUUAUGAUGAGUCUGUUGAAGAUGGUGAUGAAAAUGAAGAAGAAUGUUCUGAAGAUGCGUUAUAUUACGAAGAAUCGCAAAAAAUUAUAGAAAAUAAUGGUACCAAUUACAUAAAAAGCGACAAAACUGAUGAAACUGAGUAUUGGCUUUAG